AUGGAAAGGAACCACCGGCCCAUUGUGGGCUCCGCAGACUCGUACACCAGCCGGCCCUCGGACUCUGACGUGUCUCUGGAUGAAGACCCCGAAGCGCUGAGGAAAGAGGCCGAUCGACAGGCGCUCGCCACGCUCGAGAAAGCCAAGACCAAACCAGUGGCUUUCGCAGUUCGGACAAACGUCGGCUACAACCCCGGCCCCAGUGACGACGUCCCGGUGCAGGGCAUGGCCAUCUCCUUCGAAGCCAAAGACUUUCUACACAUUAAAGAAAAGUACAAUAAUGACUGGUGGAUUGGGCGGCUGGUAAAAGAGGGCUGUGAGGUCGGCUUCAUCCCAAGUCCCGUCAAACUAGAAAACACUCGAAUGAUACAAGAACAAAGGAUGAGACAGAACCGCCUCAGCUCCAGUAAAUCUGGGGGAAGUUCGAGUCUGGACGUUGCGACAGGAACACGCCGACCGACUCCUCCAGGCACAGUCCAUCCCGACGCCAGUUUUGACAUGGACUCUGUGGAUCUGGAAGCAGACGACUCGAUGGAGCUGAUGGGGGAACCGCGCUCCCCCAAGAGUCAGUCGGGGAGCGUUACGUCCCCCCAUCAGGCCAACAUCCACCGCCUGCCCUUUUUUAAGAAGAUGGAGCAUGUGCCGCCGUACGAUGUGGUUCCAUCAAUGCGGCCCAUCAUCCUGGUCGGGCCCUCGCUCAAAGGAUAUGAGGUGACGGACAUGAUGCAAAAGGCACUUUUCGACUUCCUGAAACACAAGUUUGAGGGCAGGAUAUCCAUCACGCGGGUCACUGCAGACAUCUCUUUGGCCAAACGCUCGGUCCUCAACAACCCAAGCAAGCACACCAUCAUCGAGCGCUCCAGCACCCGGUCCAGCCUGGCGGAGGUGCAGAGUGAGAUCGAGCGUAUUUUCGAGUUGGCCCGCACCUUGCAGCUGGUCGCCCUGGACGCAGACACCAUAAACCACCCAACACAACUGGCCAAGACCUCCCUGGCUCCCAUCAUCGUCUACAUCAAAAUAGCCUCGCCAAAGGUCCUCCAGAGGCUGAUCAAGUCCAGAGGAAAGUCUCAGGCCAAACACUUGAACGUUCAGAUGGUGGCAGCCGACAAACUGGCUCAGUGUCCUCCUGAAUUAUUUGACAUAAUCCUGGACGAGAACCAGCUGGAGGACGCGUGUGAGCACCUGGCAGAUUACCUGGAGGCGUACUGGAAGGCCACGCACCCGCCCAGCUCCAACCCCCCCAACCCUCUCCUCAACCGCACCAUGGCCACAGCCGCCCUGGCCGCCUCCCCGGAGCCAGUGUCCAACCUGCAGGGACAGUACCUGGUGCACGGGGAGAAGAAACUGGACGGGCCCCUGUCUGAAUCCGACAAACCACACCACCCUCCUCAAGCGCAACAACCACAGCAGCAGCAGCAACAGCAACAGCAGCAGUCCUACCUACGCUCAUCCCGCGGGCAGGUGCGGAGCGGUACGCGCGCCCUCUCGCGCCAGGACACGUUCGACUCCGAGACACAAGGGAGCCGGGAUUCUGCCUAUACCGAAGCUGGAGAUUCCUGCAUGGACAUCGAGACGGACCCCUAUGAAGAGCCAGAGCCGUACAGAGGUGGAGGUGGGGGUAGUGGAGGGGGUAGCGGUGGGAAUAGGUUGCAUCACGGGCGCCAAGCAUCGUGGGAGGAGCCGGAGCCGGACCAGGAGAACCUGAACCAGCCGCAUCAGCAGCAGCAGCAGCCGCACGCGCAACCAGGACGUCCCAGGCUGCGGGAGCGCUACUGCCAGGAGGAGAGCAACACGGCGCGCAACAAGAACCAGGACCAGGACUGGGGCGUCUACAUCCGCUGA